AUGGCUGAGAAGAUCCCAGUGCAGACUGAGCUGUGGAAUGGGGCUUCUGCCCAAGAUGCUUCGCAGGUCCUCCAGGACAGCUUGUUCUCCUCUGAAAGUGACAACAGCCUGUACUUCACCUACAGUGGCCAGUCCAACACGCUGGAGGUCAGAGACCUCACCUACCAGGUGGACAUGGCCUCCCAGGUGCCUUGGUUUGAGCAGCUGGCUCAGUUCAAGAUACCUUGGAUGUCUCAAAAGAGCAAAGACUCUUGUGAGCUGGGCAUCCAGAACCUGAGCUUCAAAGUGAGAAGUGGACAGAUGCUGGCCAUCAUAGGGAGCUCAGGCUGUGGGAGAGCCUCAUUGCUAGACGUGAUCACAGGCCGAGACCAUGGUGGCAAGAUGAAGUCGGGCCAAAUCUGGAUCAAUGGGAAGCCCAGCACGCAUCAGCUGGUGCGGAAGAGCGUGGCCCACGUGCGCCAGCAUGACCAGCUGCUCCCCAAUCUGACAGUCAGGGAGACCCUGGCCUUUGUGGCCCAGAUGCGGCUGCCCAGGACCUUCUCCCAGGCCCAGCGUGACAAAAGGGUGGAGGACGUGAUUGCAGAGCUGCGGCUGAGGCCCUGUGCCGACACCCGCGUGGGCAACAUGUAUGUGCGUGGGGUGUCUGGGGGUGAGCGCCGGAGGGUGAGCAUCGGGGUGCAGCUUCUGUGGAACCCAGGCAUCCUCAUGCUGGACGAGCCCACCUCCGGCCUCGACAGCUUCACCGCCCACAACCUGGUGAAAACCUUAUCCCGGCUGGCCAAAGGCAACAGGCUGGUGCUCAUCUCCGUCCACCAGCCUCGCUCCGACAUCUUCAGGCUGUUUGACUUGGUUCUCCUGAUGACAUCAGGCACCACCGUGUACCUGGGGGCCGCGCAGCACAUGAUCCAGUAUUUCACAGCCAUCGGCUACCCCUGUCCCCGCUACAGCAACCCUGCUGACUUCUAUGUGGACUUGACCAGCAUUGACAGACACAGCCGAGAGCAGGAAGUCGCCACCAUGGAGAAAGCUCGGUCGCUAGCGGCCUUGUUUCUAGAAAAAGUACGCGGCUUUGAUGACUUUGUGUGGAAAGCGGACUCGAGGGAGCUGGAUGCGGACACCUGUGCUGUGAGCCCAACCCUGCCACAGGACGCCGACUGCUCACCUCCUCAGCCAUCUGGGGCUCUACACCAAUUUGUCACCCUGAUCCGCCGGCAGCUUUCCAAUGACUUCCGAGACUUGCCAACUCUCCUCAUCCACGGAGCAGAGGCCUGCCUGCUGGCUCUCAUCAUCGGCUUCCUCUACUAUGGUCACGGGGCCACCAAGCUUUCCUUCACGGACACAACAGCCCUCUUGUUCAUGAUCGGAGCACUUGUCCCUUUCAACGUGAUUCUGGGUGUCACCUCCAAAUGUCACUCGGAGAGGGCCAUGCUGUACCACGAGAUGGAGGAUGGGCUGUACACCACUGGCCCCUACUUCUUUGCCAAGAUCCUAGGGGAGCUGCCUGAGCACUGCGCCUAUAUCAGCAUCUACGGGAUGACCAUCUACUGGCUGACCAACCUGCGGCCAGGCAUUGAGCCCUUCCUGCUGCACUUUGUACUGGUGUGGCUGGUGGUCUUCUGCUGCAGGACCAUGGCUCUGGCUGCUGCCGCCAUGCUGCCCACCUUCCACAUGUCCUCCUUCUUCUGCAACGCUCUCUAUAACUCCUUCUACCUCACCGGGGGCUUCAUGAUCAACCUGGACAAUCUGUGGAUAGCGCCUGCGUGGAUUUCCAAGGUGUCCUUCCUCCGGUGGUGUUUCUCAGGGCUGAUGAAAAUUGAGUUUAGUAGGCGCCCUAUCAUCAUGCAAGUCGGCAAUGCCACCUUCACUGUCCCAGGAGACACAAUGCUCGACACCAUGGACCUGAACUCAUACCCGCUCCACAUCAUCUACAUCAUCGUCAUGGGCAUCAGCAGUGGCUUCCUGUUCCUGUACUAUAUGUCCUUGAGAUUCAUCAAACAGAAGUCAAGUCAAGACUGGUGA